AUGGAAGGAGAUCAAGAGAACUCUCUUACACCCUUUUGGCCACAGUCCUCAGACUCUAUCCGGCGAGCCGACCAUCGCCGGCGACGGCUGAGCCGCUCCUCCUCCCUCCUCUUCAACUCCGGCGCUGUUCUCAUAGCUUUGAUCGUCACAGCUCUCGCAUUCAUUUUCGUUAUAAUCCCGUCAUUUCUUUCCUUCACUUCUCAAAUAUUCAGACCCCAUUCGGUCAAGAAGAGCUGGGACUCUCUUAAUCUCGUUCUGGUUCUCUUCGCCAUUGUUUGCGGGUUUCUCAGCAGAAACAGCACCGAGAACACGAGUUCUAAUCAUGACGAUCAAAGGGUCUCAAAUGAGGGUGGUCAAAAGUCAAACCCAUCAACUCCGCAUCAAUGGUAUGAGUAUUCAGAUCGGACGCAAUCGGAUUCGUUUAAUUCUAGAAUUUACAGAAGGAUGAGAAGCAGCAGUUCGUACCCGGAUCUACGGCAGGAAUCUUCGUGGGUGAGCAGGGACGAACAAUGGCGGUUCUACGAUGAUACGCACGUGGCGAAUUACCGCCCGUCUGAUUCCGAUCAACAUCAUCAUCAACUCCAGUACCGUCGCCGGCCAUGGAAUGAACCUGAAGAGGAAAUUCAAUUGCAAACAAAGAACAUAGAAGUUGACACUUUUGAAGUCCGUGCGAAAGAAGAUUCUCAACCUUCUGCUCCGCUGCCACCGCCGUCACCUCCACUACCUCCGCCUCCGUCGCCGCCAAAGGAGGAGGAGGAGAUUAGGCGUAAACCGAAGCGGAAGGAAGAGAGUAGAGAUCAAAGCCCUGAAAGCAACGAUUUUUAUAAGGUCAACUAUUACAAGCCACCACCUGCACGGCCUCCUCCUCCUCCGCCGCCGCCGCCGCCGCCCCCGGUGCCGGUGUAUGAAGAAACAGAGAAAAAGA